AUGCCAACCAUCAGGAGAGGGAGCCAGGCUGGGCAUUUCUGGUCCCGCGGUGGCACUCAGGAUCCAUGGGAUCAAGUGAAGAAUCUUGCAAGCUUUUAUGUGGAGCCAAUGGAAAAGACUACCAGAGACUAUGUGGCCAAGUUUGAAAGCACCGCCUUUGCAAAAAUGCUGAACCUGAAACUCCUGGACAACUGGGACACCUUGAACACCACGGUCACCAAGGUGCGAGAACAACUCGGCCCGGUUACCCAGGACUUCUGGAAGACCCUGGAGAAGAACACAAGGGAGCUGAGGAAGAAGCUGAGGGAGAAGCUGGACAGGGUGAAGACGGAGAUGAAGCCCCAGCUGGAAAAAUUCCAGGAAGACUGGCAGUCGACGGUGCGAGAUUUCCGCAUGAAGGUGGAGGGGCUGGGCCCGGAGCUCAGCAACGGCUCGAGCGAGGGGCUGCAGAAGCUGGCCAACUUCACGAGGCAGCGCCUGCGCCUCCACGCGCAGUCGCUGCACCAGGAGGUGGGCAAGUUGGGAGACAGCUUGAGCCGCGAACUGGCCCUGGCGCUGAAGGAGCUCAACACCGGCAACUCCGGCCCGGGGGGCCUGCCAGCCAAGGCGAACCAGUGGCUGAGCUGGCUGAGCGAGCUCCGCCUCCACACCUCGCAGCAGCUGCAGCAGCUGCAGGGCCUCGGCCCCGACCAGGCGCUCACGUGGGAGGAAGUGGUGGCCAUCGUGUGGGGCGUCUUGGAGGAGGCCACCAAGACGCUGACCACCCAGUGACGCCGUCUCUGCUGCCCCUCGCCCCCUCCUCGGGUCCCCUUCCCAUCGCUCCGUUUCUUACAAUAAACGUUUACAAAGCGG